CUAAAAACUGGGAUCAGUGUAUGAUGUUGAGCUCUCAGGCCCCGCCCCAAGGGGGCGUGUCUUCCUCAGGACCUCAUCCUCCAGCCUUGCAUAGGCUGCCUCCAACAAGCCCGGCCCUGCCUCCGACCUCUCCUCAGAUAGCGUAUGAAGGACGGGUUUCUCUGCUCUCCAACUCCGGGACGGGAGAAGCUUGGCCUCAUCCUCCACAUUUUCAGCAGUUUAACAGCCUCAACUUCAACCUUAUCCACAACCCUUUCUCCAGGAAGGAAUCUGAUCUUGGGUAUGGUCUGGAGCAGGAUAGAGAAACGUCUCCGAGUAGUGCUGGAUCUCCAAGGACGGAUGAAACCAUUGAUAAAUCCUCGGACAAACUCGACAGAUCUAAUGAUAUCUUGGAAAAAUCCUUUGAUACAAAACCUGAUCAAGGACGGACGGAGGAGGAGAAAACCUCUCUAGAUAUUCUCAAGGAGCAUAUUAGAGCACAGCUCCCGAACCCUCCGACGGAGGAGGACGAUGUUGAGGGCAGGUCUCCGGAUGAGAGAAGUUCUCCAGGGGAGGAGGAGAACUUGGUCGUACCCCCGUCCCUCUCUAUACGUCGGGACAUACAAGAGGAGGGAAGAUCAGAGGACCUCCGAAAUAUAUCGGAGGAGAAGGGUGAGGAGUUUGAGGAGGAAGAAGAAGAACUUAGGAUAGAUGAAGAAAUGGAAGAAGAGGAACGAGACUUGGAUCAAUUUGAAACCCUGGAUAAAAGCGUAGAGAAGCUUAAUCCGUUUGUUGGAUUUCAACCAUACCUAGCGCUGAAAAAUGAAGAGGAUGGACUUAAUUCGUUGGAGAAAUUGCAACAGGUUUUGAACAAUCGAAUGUUCAGUCCGCGUGACAGGACUGUUGAACAGAUAAGGGCGGAACCGAACGGAAACGGAAACCAUGUUGAUGAGAACGGAGAGUUUAGGUUCAUAUUACCCCCAGAUGAGGAGGGCAUGGUUUAUCAAUGCCAUCUUUGUUCUUUUACAGCCACAACUCGAAUCCAGUUUAACGCCCAUGUAAACUCUCACUAUACCUUCCAGUGCGUCAAAUGUGAUUUUGAGGAUAAGAGCGAGAGUAUUUAUGUUCGACACCUGAAAGAGGAGCAUAACUGUACUCCGGAGGAUCUAGAAGAGGCUGAGGUUCGAGUGCCAAGAGUUAAUUCUCAGGGGAAAGUAAAAACCUUCAAGUGCAAGCAAUGUGAGUUUGUUGCUGUCACCAAAAUAGAGUUCUGGAAACACGGACGAGGACACAUCAAGCCUGAGAAACUGCUCUGUUGUCCUAAAUGUAUUUUUGUAACUGAAUACAAACAUCAUCUCGAGUACCAUCUUCGUAACCAUUAUGGAACUAAACCGUUUAAAUGUACCCACUGCAACUACAGCUGUGUAAACAAGUCUAUGCUGAAUAGUCACAUGAAGUCUCACACCAACGUCUACCAGUAUAGAUGCGCUGAUUGCACGUACGCUACGAAAUAUUGCCAUUCCCUGAAACUUCAUUUGAGAAAAUACGGUCACAAGCCAGCAAUGGUUCUCAACAAUGAUGGAAGUCCAAACCCUCUUCCCGCGAUGGAGAUGUUUGGCGGAAAGCGUCCUAAGGGAAGGAAGGAGGACAUGUAUCCACCAACCAUGCUGCCCCAAUUCCCCUCCAUUCCUCCCAACUUCAUGCAAAUGCAACUUCAGCACUUACAGAACCAGUUUGGACAUCCCAAGAUGCCCCAACCCCCUCCCCAGUUCCAUCUCGAAGACCCUGGCAAGUACGCUCAGAAACUCGGAGAAGCAUCAAACGGAAACCACUCCCCAACCUUUAUGGGCGGAGACGAACAAAUGGGUUGCGAUAAGUGCGAAUUUUCAACAUCUUCUAAAGAGGUUUUCAGAAAUCAUCUCAUGCUGCACGCCAGCUCAGAACGAAGCGCGCUUCAUCAUCUGCUCACAUCACCGCUCCAGCACGGAAAGCGAUCAUUCUCCGACCUGAACAAGUCUGGGGAGGACUUCUCUUAUUCUCCGAGGAUCCGGAGUAGGAGUCCAUCCUCUCCCUCCUCAUCCUUCGGUAUGAGAAGUAUAGAUAAAUCAGAUUCACCAACAAGUACUUCAUCCUUUCCUCCACACCUCUCAUACUUUAACAAGCUUGCCAUGUCGAGCCCUCUUCUUCAAGGACUAGUUCCUAAUCCUGCAAUAAGAGCACUUAUGGAGGAGCGACACAAGGAGGCUCUCAGGGAAGAACGUCACAAGGAAUCGAUGAGAACCACACCCGACUCUAUGAGAGACUCCUUGAGAGACACCCCGGAGUCCCCGUUGUCCCGUGAAGGUGCCCCUCUGCCCCCAAACAAGAGACAUAAAUCUGAUAUAUUCUCUGCUCUCUACGCCAGUAGGAUGAAUGAGAUUGAGAAAGCUGAGUCUCCGAAUGGAGCCUUGGACCUUAGUAAGGAAACAGUAAUUGGAGGCGGUUCACAUGGAAGCUCCUCCGAUGUGGAUACUGGUAGUAAUCCGCGAAGCCAUUCCUCCAGUCCGGCGCUGUCCUCUAACAGCAAGAACAGGAGGAAGGGGAAGGCUUUUAAGAUAGAGCGGCGGACAGAUCGGGACUCAGAGGAGGAAUGCGUCAGUUCAGCCAUGCCGAGCCUAGUUCCCAUUCCACGCAGCGCGCACGAGGACCCGUUCCAGAAUAGUACAGCGUGUAAAUUUUGCGGAAUUGCGUUCCAGAAUUCUGUGAUGUUCCGGAUGCACAUGGAUUAUCAUGGAUUUGAGGAUCCGUUUAAAUGUUCCCAUUGUGGGGAAGAGGCAGUUGAUGCCCUUGCGUUUUUUCUUCACAUUGCCCGGCGAGAACAUGUAUAGUCUAUUACACAAGAAAAUUUUCGCAUUUUUUUUGCAUAUUUAACAUAAUGGCUAAAUUUUUACUAGAAGCGUGGCAAUUUCUGUAAUUUAUUCUCUUGAUAAAAUUACAAUUUUAGCGAGAAAAAAAUGCAAAUUGAUUGUAGUUGUUUGAUCAAUUUUUAAAUCAAAGAUAAAAAUAAAUCUAUUUUAUAUCAACGUAUAUGUACAUAAUAAAAACUAUGUCCUAUAACUGAUCUGGAGUUAAUGUUGAAACUGUUCUCCUGGUCGGCUCUAGUGCUUCGUGAUUUCCUAAUGAUUAUAGUCCUGUUAACAUACGCCACAUUGUAAUAUAUUGUUCCUCAAUUUACGGGUUUUCAAAUGCUGAUCGAUAAUCAAAAAGAAAACAAGCUUUCAAAUAAUUAUUUUUUAUAACUUUAAUAUUUUUCAAAGUAAAACAUGUGUUGAUUUGUCAAAGAAUUUAUUGGAUGGAAAUAUUAUGAGGCUUGUUUACUUGAACCAGUGUACAUAAAAGUUAUUUAAUGUACAUAAGUAGAGUGCCCUGUACCUGCUGUAAACGUACGGCAGUGUUGUACUUUAUCUAGUAUUUUCUGAAAUAUAUUGCUUAGCAAAAUGA